UUUUAAUCAAAGUCAAACAAUAUAAAGAGGGUAGCUGAAGAAGGUAUGAAACCUCCUUGCAUCUUUCGAUCAGCCGCACCGGAUCUCUGAAUCCUGCAACUAAAGAUCGGAUUCUCUCUCCGGCCAUCGGAUUCCUUCCCCGCCGUUUCUAAUUUCACUAUUUGUUUCUCCGGCUAGGUGGUUCAAACGAGGAUCUUCUGACUACUGCCACCGACGUAAUAUAGUUUUCUUUUAAAGCUUUAGGCAGUUGUUUGCAAAUGAAUAUAAACUCAUCAGGCAAUCAUCACUUGAAGAACAACUGUUUGUAUAACAAGCUAACAAAAAGUACAAAACAAGAGAAGAAGCUUGAGAUAGAUCUGAAUUUGCCUGCUUCUUCUAAUGAAACUGAAGAAGUGUCAACUCACAUCCCCAACUCUGAUGAUGAGGCCCUUUCACAGUAUGUUGGAACAACUGAAAUCCAAAGGUCAUUAAGUGGAAGACCACAUAAUGAUGAUUCUGACACCAAGGAUUCCAAUCACAAAGAUGGCUCUAGGAAAAAAAAGAGUAACAGUAGUAGCAUUGUUAAAUGGAAGCAGCAAGUGAAAGUGAGCCUGGAAAUAGGACUUGAAGUGCCCCCAAAUGAUGGUUAUAUGUGGAGGAAAUACGGGCAAAAGGAAAUUCUUAAUGCUAAAUACCCUAGAGAAUAUUAUAGAUGCACAUACCGAAACACACACGGUUGUUGUGCAACUAAACAAGUUCAAAGAUCAAGUGAUGACUCAUCAAUUUUUGAAAUUACUUAUCUUGGAAAACACACGUGUCCCAAAAUAUCAAAAACCAAUCAUCCUUCAUCCACAACCGAAUCCGGUUAUGGCCUUAUAAAUUUCUCAAAUACAUCAAAAACGGUAUCUACAACUUCAAGAACCAGCGAUCCAUCUGCAACACAAUCAUCUUCUUCGAUCACACGAAAUUCUUUUGAACUUUCGAAUUGGCCCCAGAAUCAUCAUCAGUACUGACUGAUGAUGAUUCGGGGACCAGUUUUAUAUGGGGUUCUAAUGAGAGUCUCAUCAGAACCCAAAUAUUGUAGUUGUAGGAUUUGAGUUGAUUGAGAUGAGAAGUCGAGGUUUUUAUGAUGACUCGUGAUGGGUUUGGGUUUAUAUACGUAGUGUUGGUUAUAUACAAAGUCAUAAGGGAAAAAGCUCCUUUGUUUUGAUGGAGGGAUAUAAACUGGAUGAUGGUUAUGUUUGUAACAUUAUUUUGGUUUAUAAUGAGUUAUUUGGUAGAUAAUCUGGUUUA